UCCAGUUGAGAAGAAUGUCAAAGCAGGAGCGUGGAAUGAAGAUGAAGAACACUAACAACAACCCCGUUCUUCAUAAUCCUUCAGAAUCUUCUGCACCUGGAAUUGUGAAUCAUCAGCAAGCGGAUAUGCAUGCUCCUGCAAAUGAAAAGCUAAAAGGCAUCCAUGUACCUGGAGAAACACGGAAUUUGUAUCAAAACUACUCAUUGUCUAAAUAUGUUCCUCGACGCCAAAAAUCAAAGGAGGGACUACAAACUUCUGCGACUGACCAGGAAAGGAAUCAUACAGAACUCCCAAGUUGGUCCCAGUUCAGACCACGAUCACAUCCAUCAACACAAAAAAGUAAGGUGACAGCUGAUACAACCCAUUCUGAAGUCAUCCCACAGCAAGCUUCUUGUUGUUUGCAGUCCAAACCACGACCACAUUCACGAAAGAGAACGAAAAAUAAGAUAACAGCUAAUACAACAGAUUCUGAAGCUAUCCCACAGCAAGCUUCUUGUUGUUCGCAGACCAAACCACGACCACAUUCACGAAAAAGAUCAAAAAGUAAGAUAACAGCUGAUUCAACGGAUUCUGAAGUUAUCCCACAGCGUGCUUCUCGUUGUCAUGGUCAAUCAAGGAGGAACAACAGUCAAAAGGGGUUAGGAUCAUCGAAAUUUGAGCUUUACUUGGAGAGCAUAUGGAAAUUGCAUCCGGAAGAUAGGAGAAACACAUUUACGUACCUUGACAGCUUGUGGUUCUCCUUGUACUCAGAACGUUCUCACAAAGCUAAGGUGUUGAACUGGAUUGCGAAAAAGAAGAUAUUCUCAAAAGAGUAUGUUUUUGUUCCCAUUGUUCUCUGGGGUCACUGGAGUCUCCUGAUCUUUUGUCACCUUGGUGAAAGUUUACAAUCUAAAGAAAGAAGUCCUUGUAUGUUGUUGCUUGAUUCUUUGCACAUGGCGAACCCUGAGAGAUUUGACCCUGGGAUCAGAAAAUUUGUUGUAGACCUAUUCAAGGCAGAACAGAGGCCAGAAACCAAGGACCAGAUUAUGAAAAUCCCCCUAAUGAUUCCAAAGGUUCCGCAGCAGAGAAAUGAUGAAGACUGUGGCAAUUUUGUUUUGUACUAUAUAAACCUCUUCUUAGAGAGUGCUCCAGAAAAUUUCAGCAUUUCAAAGGGCUACCCAUACUUUAUGACAGAAGACUGGUUUACUCCUGAACGGUUGGAAUGUUUUCUUCAAAAAGUGCAAUCUACUUGUGGAAGUACUUAUGAUUCUGAUGAAUGCCUCCUAGAUGACGGAGAUGUAGUGUGUAUAGAUCCCUAGCUAGCUUUGCCAGUGACAUAGCAUUUGUGCAGGAUUUAAGGCUUAUUUUGGUUUAGGUUUUGGGACUAUGGUGG